UCUUCCCCUCUUACCUGCUCUGUUUUCCCUCCAGCCCGCUCGCCUGCUCUGCUGCUAAUCUCCAGUGCACACCACCACUGACCCCCGGUAGUGUUCACCCACUCCGCGCUGACCCCUCCCAACUGCCGCUUGCAUACCAGCAAGACUCCACCACCAUCCACCGGAGACCCCUCCAAACCGUUAGAUUUGUAAUUUCUCAGUGUCAUCGCCUGUUGUAGAGUUAGAUUAAUUGUCUCACGGACCUUUCGGACGAGACAAGCAGCUUUUUUAAAUUUUUGGACACAUUGCGGGAGCAAAAACGAGAACAAGUGUGAACCUAGCCACUCCAACGAUAAUUACAGAGAAGAAGUUAAACGACAAAAAUGGAUGAUUCUCGUCCAUGGAAAUUUGCACAAUGCUUUGGAGACAAAGGCGACGUUGAAGACAUUACAGAAGCCGACAUCAUCUCGGCCGUAGAAUUCGAUCACACAGGCGAUUACCUUGCGACCGGCGACAAAGGUGGUCGUGUGGUUUUAUUUGAGCGUAAUCAUACUAAAAAAGGUUGCGAGUAUAAAUUUUUUGCCGAAUUUCAAAGCCAUGAACCUGAAUUUGACUACCUAAAGUCAUUGGAAAUUGAAGAAAAGAUUAACAAAAUUCGCUGGUGCAAAAGAACUAAUCAAGCGCAUUUUUUACUGUCCACGAACGACAAAACGAUAAAAUUAUGGAAGGUGUAUGAAAAAAAUCUGAAGGUUGUUGCAGAAAAUAAUCUUAACGACGAGUAUGGAUCUCCUUCGUCGACACCCAUUACGCCUUCUGCACUUCGUCUUCCUCGGCUUAGCCAUCAUGACACUAUUGUUGCGGCCUCUCCUAGACGUGUGUACGCGAAUGCACACGCUUACCACAUUAAUUCCAUCAGCGUCAACUCUGACGCCGAAACUUACAUCUCGGCCGAUGACUUGCGUAUCAACUUGUGGAACUUGAACAUCUCUGACCAAUCCUUUAACAUUGUUGACAUCAAACCUGACAACAUGGAAGAGCUCACAGAGGUGAUCACGAGUGCCGAAUUCCACCCCGUGAACUGUAAUCAUCUUAUGUACAGCAGCAGCAAGGGCACAAUCAAACUUGUGGACAUGCGUGAAUCUGCCUUGUGUGACCGGCACUGCAAGCUCUUCGAAGACGAGGAAGAUCAGGACAACAAAAGUUUUUUCUCGGAGAUUAUUUCGAGCAUUUCUGACGCAAAGUUUUCUAAUGACGGACGCUACAUCCUUUCUCGUGACUACCUAACAUUGAAGAUUUGGGAUGUGAACAUGGAAAAGAGUCCCAUCAAGACCAUUCCUCUGCAUGACGUGUUGCGCACAAAGUUGUGCGAUCUUUAUGAAAACGACUGUAUUUUCGACAAGUUUGAGUGCAUAUUCUCUGGCGACGGUAAGCACGUUUUGUCAGGAAGCUAUAGCAAUAAUUUUGGUAUAUACCCAACGGAUGUUUCCUACACUGGCGAUGAAGGUCAGAUUGUUUUGCAGGCUGAUAAGUCUGCAUUUAAGGCACGGAAGAAUGCCGGUGCCGCCUCAAAAAUGAGCAUAAUGAAAGACUAUGACUGGACUUCUCGUAAUAACAACGCUAUGGGUACCGCUUCUGCCGGACUCGACCCAGACACCCUAGACUAUAACAAAAAGAUCCUGCACGCAAGUUGGCACCCUCACGAAGACUCUGUGGCUAUUGCCGCUACAAAUAAUUUAUUCGUUUUCUCGCGACUUUAAAUAGUAAUGAACUUGUUUUACGAAACAGGAUCCGACUGAGCUCUUUGUGAGAUACUGCAAGUAAUCCUAAUGCUACGUUUGCACGUACAAGUCGCUCGUUUUGUUUCCAUUGUUUUCUCUUCUACUCACACAGACCCACCUAUGAACGAAAGAAAGCCAGAGCCCCAGCUUUUUCCGAUUUGUUCUUCCUACAAAUAGCUUGUCUGUAGAUAUCUCUUUUUACUAUUUACAGUAUCGCUUUCUAUUCGUGUCGACGCUAACCCAAGCCCCAAGCACGCUUACUCAAAUAAUCAUUAAUCAAUGAAGCUCGUUUGGCCAGAGCCGAGAUUCAUGUACGACAUGCGACCAUUGCUAUAGUUUAUUAGGCAAUAUAAAAGAGCUACUUUUUGCGCAAAGGGGAAAUGCAGGGAUAAUAUGUGCGUGUGGGAUGUAUAGCAAAAAACCGUACGGAGAAACUGUAUACUGACACAGG